UGUUAACUUGUAGACUACACUGUUUUGAGAUGAAAUGUCCCCAAGCAUUCCAAAGCUUGGAUUUCCGUUUUGCCAAUUUCUGCAACAACCUCACUACUGGGAUUGAAGCCUCUGCCUGCUUUCCCUUAUCUCCAAUAAACAGACAUGGGAGCUUCACGCUGAUUCCUGCCUAUAACGAAGAGGUGAUGUGUCUUCAUGUGUCAGUACUGAUUUCACAAGACAGCCUUCAGCUAAAGCAUCUUAAGGCUUCAGUAAGUGAACCAUGAGUGCCAGAAACCGAUCCUGCUCUUCCUCCAUUCUCCAAGCAUGCAGUUCAUCAUCUUUUACCCGACAGCCUUCUCGUGUGUUGAUAGUAGAUGCUUCGCCACCCUGGUGGUCAGAGACAUGUACUAUUCUGUGUCAGGCCAUAGAGAAUUUCUUUUUUCUUGCCAGCAGUCUGGCGGGACCUGCUCGUCUGCCACUGCUAAGCGUCUUUGCCAUUAGUGUACAGCUGGAGUGCCUCUUACCCUUUGUGCAAGUUAAGGGCAAUUUGACACGUCUGCUGUCCUGUAUAGAGGAGCUGCGUUCUCUACCUCAAGAGGGUUGCAUUCGGCAACGAGGUGCACUUCUUAAACAGGCAGUGCUGGACAGCCUGCAGCAGUUUAAACAAUACAUGUGUCAUACAGCUCAUGGGGACUUCAACAGCAACUGUGUGGAGGUGACGGUAUUAACCUGUCAGCAAGGACAGACAGUCCUCCGACAGCUGGAGCAGGGCCUGAAAAACUCUGAUCUGAUUAGUCUGCGCAGGCUUCUGGUGGUUCACAUCACAUUACAGCAGAGUCUCUCAGACAGAUCUCCAGCCUGUAGCUUUGAGACACCAUCUUCAGAAGAUGACCAUGAAGAGAGCCUGAUGCUGGGUACAGAGAUGGACCUGCAGCUGGUGGAGGGCACUGUUGUGGCCUUGGAGAACUCUCUGAAAAUGUGGCUGCAUGAUCAGGGCGGAGACAGAGAACACCUGCACUUGUUGUUACCCACUUCUCUCACAUCACAGGGUUCUACUCCACACCCUGCCAACAACAGGCCAAGUCCAGUCUGUUUGAAGUGUGACAUGCAGGAGAGACUUCUCAGCCCAGCCCUACUUCCCAGCACACCUGACCUGGGAGUGAAGACUGAGAGCAUGCAAGAUUUCCAGCCCCUAAACAAAAGUCUGGCCAAUCAGAACCCCUCGCCACAGUGUCUGCGAGUUGUCAAAGUUCUUCAUGCCGGUGGUGUGUGUCAAUCUGUGCUGUAUGGAUUACCACUCAUCAUCAGACCAACCUCAUGCUGGCAGCUGGACUGGGAUGAAAUGGAAACAAACCAACAGACAUUUCAUGCUCUCUGCCACAUACUAAAAACCCGUGACUGGUUCCUUUUGGUGCGCUCAGAGUCGGGGUCAGGUUCAGGUUCUGCUGUGUUCUCCUACUAUAUACUUCAGUCCUCUGGUUCACUCUCUCUGCUUUUGAAACCUGUAUUGACACGAGAACUUGCACUACCCUGCUGCCUACCUGUCUCAGUGGAGGAGCCACCACUUCCUGCACUCGCCACUGUGGAGAGCUCCCUGGAUCAGCUUGAGAAAGACCCUGUCUUUAACCCUCUCUGUCUGGACUCCAACCUUUACCCACACCUUAGAAUUAGAGGUUUGCUCACCCGUUCAUCACAACCAUUUGGAGCACAAGGCCAGGGCCGCGGCCAUCGCAGGGGCACCAGUCGACCACCAGAGGGCUCCACACAGCGUCAGGUUCGGCAGUCUCAGAGUCGCGUGCGAGCCACAGUGGCCCCGCUGCCUUCCAUCCCUUCAAACAAGAUGCCUCGCCGUUUACUAACCCUCAGCCACUCGCGACCCUGUGCUCCUGCCUUCUUUUUCCAGGACAAUUAUGGGGAGGAAGACCCUUUGAUGAUCCAGUAAGGAUAAAGAGAGAAAGCAUAAAACUUUCACUAUAAGAGGAAAUUGCACAUUCACAUUCACACUCACACUCACACUGACUAAAAGCAACAGUUUCUAAACUCCCACAGACAGGAUGUUACUUUCUUGCACAUGACCAGAUAUACACUUAUACGUACAGCUAAUUUGAAAAAUAUAUUUGCUAUACAAAGUUGGUUUAUUCAGAGAACACUACUGUGUAAUGGAGAACAGUACUGAAUUUAGAUUCGUCUAACACAGAGCAAAUAUUAAACACUCAAUAUACACCUUAAGCUAGCUAUAGAGACCAUUCCUUAUUUCUAACAAGACGAGGGCUGGCUAGAUUAAGUUAAUUAUUUCCUUUUUUUUGAAUACAGUUUAGUAGUGCAACAUCACAGCUCGAUUUAUCUUCUUAAAUCUGAAAACUAUUACAGCACAGAUUAAAUAACUUUAUUACUUCUCCAAAUAAAAACUUCAGCAACUUUGAGACUGACACUGCAAAAUCAACCCUCAUAUACAACCCUCAUAUCCCCAGACAUUCAGUACGCAAAAAAACAAGCUGUUUUGUUACCCUGAUGUUUGCAAUUAAACCAGUCCUCAUAGUAACUAGCAUGAUUUCACUCGUAAUUAAACUAACUGUCGUUCCAUACGGUUUAACAAAGCCUGCACCGCAACUGGGGAAAAAAUAUAAUUGUAAACUGCUGAGGCUGCUAAAAGAAAUCAAAUACAAAACCACAGAAUUGUAAAAGGACAAGAAGAAAGGCUGU